CGCGUCAGCUCCAGGGAAAGACAAGCUUUCGGCACUGAGGCUUGGCUCCGACCCAUCGGUGUUGGGAACGUACACACGUCAACGUACCAGAAGAGUGAUGGCCUCGCAUCGUUUAUCCUCUGCUUAUCCCCCACCUCCAGAUGACCUGCUCAACAUGCUCCCUUACUUCCUGUCCGUGAACUGCUACAGAUAGUCCCCGGUGAUGUCUUUCACCCAACCAUAUACUCCAGCUUCUUCCUCUAGGGCCAUUUCCAUCCCACAGUCGCUGGACGUGGUGCCUGAAGAAGACUCGGAGAUGGAUGACUCCCAGUUCGAGACUCUACCACUAGACAACUUGAAAAAGACGUCAGCCAGUGGCAGGCGAUCUAUAGGACCUCUUGGACUAUUUCGCAGCUUCUACACUCCAAGGACGAGACCUCGACGCUCCUUCCCUGCACGCCCGCUCUCCCGCAAAGCUCGAAUCAUCCACGCUCUGCGGCGGCUAUUCUGUGGCGUGGUGUUCGUUCUCGGUACGUUAAAGCUCGCCUCCAUCACCUGGACCGGCCUGGUAUACCUCUUCCCGGACGACCUCGACGCCCGUCUCGACGCGUGGCUCGUCCCCGGCGGGCGGCCAUCGAUCUUCUCGCACUGGACCACACACGGGGUGGAGCCCGUCCACUGCCACUCGCACAACGACUACUGGCGCGACGUGCCGCUCUACUCGGCGCUGCGCGCGGGCUGCAUCGGCGUGGAGGCCGACAUCUGGCCGUCCAACCGCGACCUGCUGGUCGGCCACACGCCGUUCACGCUGCACUCGGACAUAACCCUGCGCAGCCUCUACCUCGACCCGCUGCUCGACCUGCUCCAGAAACACAACACGCGCAGCAGCCAGCUCCAGCCCGCCCACCAUGACAACCACCAUCCGCCCGCGGGGGUCUUCGCCACCAACCCCUCACAGACCCUCGUCCUGCUGAUCGACUUCAAAACCGACGGCGAGGAGCUGUGGGACCCCGUGCUGGCGCAGCUGCAGCCCCUGCGCGCCGGCGGGUUUUUGACGCACUACAACGGCACGGCGGUCGUCGAGCGGCCCCUCACCAUCGUCGCCACGGGCGAUGUCCCCUUCCAUCGGGUCGUCGCCAAUACGACCUACCGCGAUGUCUUCUACGAUGCGCCGCUCGACCAGCUGGAAGCGUCGGCAAGCAGCGUCAAUGAUACCCCUUCAGCGAGGUCCCACGUCGACGACGACUACACCCGCGCGAACAGCUACUACGCCUCCGUGAAUUUCCGGCGGACGAUCGGGAGCCUCGCCGGCAAUCGGUUCUCGGAGGAGCAGUUGGCCCUGGUGCGCGCGCAGGUCGCCGCCGCGCACGCCCGCGGGCUGAAGGUGCGAUACUGGGGCACGCCCGGGUGGCCGCGGGGGCUGCGGAACCAUGUCUGGCAUGUGUUGGUCAGGGAGGGGGUCGACCUGAUCAAUGUGGACGACUUGUACGAGGCGACGCGGCAGGAUUGGCGGAAGCAUCGGAGCUGGGGGUUGUAGUCGGGCUUUGGAGAAGGGGAGAGAAAAUUGCGUAUUUACUAGCUUUGGUUCGGGAGUAUAUAUUGCACAUAGGCGAUCAUUCUGUUCAGGUAGAAACAUUCAGCGCAAAACGUCAAUAGUGAUGGAAGACUUGUCUUGUGGAUUAGGACUUGUCAUUCAUAAAAGAUUUUAU